AUGGCGUGGCAACCAAGUACAGAGUCGCUCCAGACUCUGGCAGUAUGCCUCAAGGACUCCUUGAGCGCCUUCAACAAGGAUCUCCAGAAGCAGGCCGAACAAAUGCUCAACCAGGCCAAGGCAUCCCCCGACUUCAACAACUAUCUUGCAUUGAUCUUUUCUUCUUCAGACUCUCUGCCAGGAGUGCAAAUCGGCCAGCAGGAUCUUCACGUUAUACGGGCCGCCGCGGCGAUAAUGCUGAAGAACAAUAUCAAAAAUGACUUCAAGCAAAUUCCCGAAACGAGCUUGGAGCUAAUCAAGCAAGCUAUCCCCAUUGGAAUCCAGGACAAGAACUCGCAGAUCCGCAGCUAUGCUGGCAACAUCGCCACGGAGCUGAUCCGCAGGGGUGGGAUUUACAGCUGGCCGAGCUUUCUGCCUGAGCUUCUGGCCAUGUUCAGUAACGAGUCAGGCCAGGUUUCUCCUGAGGCGCAAGAGGGUGCUAUUUCAGCCAUGGCCAAGAUAUGCGAGGACAACACCAAAACCCUGGAGCGUGAACACAAUGGCCAGAGGCCCCUGAACUACCUCCUACCGAAACUAAUUGAGGCGACCAAGAACCCCCAGCCCAAGGUCCGGGUGUAUGCGUUGACAGCCAUCAAUGUUUUCACCUCGCGCAAGUCGCAGGCCAUGCUGAAUAAUAUUGACAGCCUACUACAGCAUCUCUUUUACCUGUCCCAGGACGCCAGUGUUGAUGUUCGGAAGGAAGUUUGCCGGGCCUUCGUACGCCUUGUCGAGACGAGGCCAGACAAGCUGCAGCCCCAUAUCGCUGAUUUGGUUGAAUACAUCAUCGUUCAGCAGCAGAGCGAAGAUGAAGAGCUUGCUGUCGAGGCCGCCGAGUUCUGGCUGUCUGUUGGCGAGCACACAGAUCUGUGGAAGCUCCUCACCCCACAUAUCCAAAAGAUUAUCCCCGUUUUACUGGAGUGCAUGCGAUACAGUGGCGAGGAUAUUGCUGCGCUUGAAGGUGCUUCCGAUGAUGAGGAUGAGGACGACCGUGCAGAAGAUAUCAAACCGCAAUUUGCAACCAAAAAGCUCACAAGAGCAGCAAAUGGAGAGAUUUUGGACGGUUCCAAGGAUGGCAACUCAGGAUUCCAAAGGCUAGACGACAUGAAUGACGAUUUGGAAGAGGGUGAACUCGAGGACGACGAGGAGGGUGACGAGAACCCCGACGAGAAGUGGACUGUUCGCAAAUGCUCGGCAGCCGCUCUUGAUGUCUUCGCCCGCGACUUCCGCAACCCUGUAUUCGAAUGUAUCCUACCCUAUCUCAGCCAAAAUCUCAAGCACGAAGACUGGCCUCACCGGGAAGCAGCAGUGCUCGCACUUGGUGCCAUUGCCGACGGAUGCAUGCAGGUCGUCACGCCUCACCUCCCGGAACUCGUUCCGUAUCUCAUCUCGCUUCUCAACGACCCUGAACCCGUGGUGCGACAAAUAACCUGCUGGACGCUUGCACGCUACUCCUCGUGGGCUGCCGCCUUGACCGAUCCGAACGAUAAGCAGCAGCACUUUGUGCCCAUGAUGGAAGGUAUCUUGACCAAGAUGUUGGACAAGAACAAGAAGGUUCAGGAGGCCGCUGCGUCGGCCAUGGCCAACCUUGAGGAGAAGGCCGGUAAAGUGUUGGAGCCCUACAGUGGACCCAUCAUCCAACAAUUCGUCCGCUGCUUCGCCAAGUACAAGGACAAGAACAUAUACAUUUUGUACGAUUGCGUGCAGACGCUGGCCGAGAGCAUCGGGCCCGUCUUGGCCACGCCGGAGCUCUCCAGCACUCUGAUGCCCGUACUGAUCGAUCGCUGGCAGAGGGUGCCAGACCAGUCGCGAGAGCUCUUCCCGCUCCUCGAGUGUCUGUCGUACGUGGCAAUGGCGCUCGGUGACUCUUUUGCACCAUACGCCCCACCUAUUUUCAGGAGAUGUCUAGAGAUUAUUCACCAAAAUCUGGAGCAGUCACAUGCCGCAAACCAAGAUGUGACAUACGACCAACCUGACAGGGAUUUCCUCGUCACCAGCCUAGACAUGCUGAGUGCCAUAGUUCAAUGUUUGGAGCCCGCGAAGUCCUCCGAGCUUGUUGGGCAGUCAAAUCGGCAACUUUUUGAACUUCUCGGCUUGUGUAUGGAUGACCUUGCGGAUGAAGUUAAGCAAUCCGCAUACGCCCUUCUUGGUGACUGCGCGCGCUAUGUGUUCGCGCAGCUCCAGCCCAACCUGGCGACGCUCCUCCCAAUCUUACUGAAGCAGCUGGAUCUGGAUAAUCUCUUGGAUGAGGAGAUGGACGAUGACUUUGGCGUCGUGAACAAUGCUUGUUGGAGCGCCGGCGAGAUCGCGAUUCAGCACCGCACGGGCAUGGCACCCUACGUCCAGGAGCUGCUGCAGCGAUGCGUCGAGAUCCUGUCCAACCCUCGAGUCCCCAAAAGCGUUAGGGAGAACGCUGCCAUCGCACUUGGAAGGCUAGGUAUCGAUAAUGCCGAGCUUCUGGCCCCGCACCUGAAUAUGUUCACCGAGGACUUCCUCAACGCCAUGGACGAGGUUGAUCCGUCGGAGGAAAAGGCAACGGCAUUCAAGGGCUUUGCACUCACCGUGUGCAGAAACCCUCAAGCAAUCGAGAAGGAUAUCCCACACUUCUUCCUGGCCAUUGCGAAAUAUCGGGACCUGGUAAAUCUGAGAAGCCCCAUUAAGCAGGAGCUGCAUGAUGCAUUUAAGAAUGUCAUCAAUGUCUAUCAGCAAAUCAUCCCACAAUUCGAUUCAUUCCUAGCGUCGAUGCCCCAGGAUGCUCAGGCUAGCUUGAAGCAGCUCUACGGGGUCUGA